GGCAAUCAUCAUCACCAUUGCCAAUUCCAGUUCCAGGGGCCGUCUUCGUCAUUCGCUCUCAUAGGUGUCAUUGCCUUUUCUCCUUGUUCUCGUUCUCAGUUACUGGCUGCUUGUUGGCUUUCAUCGGAGUUUGAGCUUUAGGUUAUUCAUCGGACUCUGGUUCUACUUUAGCGAAUUACAUACGGAGCUACUCAAGUAAAUGGGGUCAUUGGAGAAUAGGGAAGCACCAGACCAAAUUUUGGAGGAGACGAAGGAGGCCAUAUUGUACGUUAAUGGCGUUCGUAGAGUGCUGCCUGAUGGAUUAGCCCACUUGACCCUUCUUGAUUACCUUAGAGGGACUAAACUAGGCUGCGGUGAAGGUGGUUGUGGAGCUUGCACGGUUAUGGCUUCUCAAUAUGAUAGAAAAACGAAGAAAUGUGUGCACUAUGCUAUCAACGCUUGCUUAGCACCCUUAUAUUCUGUUGAAGGGAUGCAUGUGAUUACAGUUGAGGGAUUGGGAAGCGUGAAGCUUGGGUUGCACCCUGUCCAGGAAUCACUAGCACGUGCUCAUGGUUCUCAAUGUGGAUUCUGUACGCCUGGCUUUGUUAUGUCCAUGUAUGCAUUAUUGAGGUCAAGUCAAACACCACCUAGCCAAGAGCAGAUUGAAGAAUGCCUUGCAGGAAACUUAUGUCGCUGCACUGGUUACAGACCAAUACUUGAUGCUUUCCGAGUCUUUGCUAAAACUGAUGAUAUGUUGUAUGCUAGUGUUUCUUCAUCAAGUCUCCAUGAGGGUGAGUCUGUUUGCCCUUCAAGUGGCAAACCCUGUUCGUGUAAAUCAAAUUCCGUCAGUGAUGUAGAUAAAGACAGAAAAUGCAUACUUAGUGACAAUAGACAUAGACCCAUCUCUUAUAGUGAAAUAGAUGGAAGUAAAUAUGUAGAAAAGGAGCUCAUCUUUCCACCUGAACUGCUGUUAAGGAAACCGACUUAUUUAAAUUUAACUGGAUUUGGUGGGCUAAAAUGGUUCAGGCCAUUGAAACUUCAACAUGUAUUGGAUCUAAAAGCCAAAUAUCCUGAUGCAAAGUUGAUAGUUGGUAAUACUGAGGUAGGAAUUGAGAUGAGACUAAAGAGAAUGCAGUAUCAGGUUUUGAUUUCUGUGAUGCAUGUUCCAGAACUGAAUGGUUUGAAUGUAAAGCAAGAUGGCUUAGAAAUAGGUGCUGCAGUAAGACUAUCUGAUCUCUUGAGUUUUUUCCGAAAGGUGAUAGCAGAGCGAGUUGCUCAUGAAACCGUGUCUUGUAAAGCCUUUAUUGAGCAAUUGAAAUGGUUUGCUGGAGCACAGAUAAGAAAUGUUGCAUCGGUUGGGGGGAACAUUUGUACUGCUAGUCCUAUAUCAGACUUGAACCCUCUCUGGAUGGCAGCUGGAGCAAUGUUUCGAAUUGUUGAUUGCAAUGGGAACAUCAGGGUUAUAAAAGCGGAAAAUUUCUUUCAGGGUUACCGUAAGGUUGAUUUGGCAAGUAAUGAAAUCUUGCUAUCAGUAUUCUUGCCAUGGACCAGGGCCUUUGAGUUUGUGAAAGAAUUUAAACAGUCUCAUAGAAGGGAUGAUGAUAUUGCAAUUGUAAACGCAGGCAUGCGUGUUCAUCUUCAAGAACAUAAUGAGAACUUGGUUGUUGUUGAUGCGUCAAUAGUUUAUGGUGGGGUGGCUCCUCUUUCUCUUUCUGCAGCAAAAACUAAGGAAUAUCUCAUUGGAAAGAUAUGGGACCAAGAUCUGUUGCAAAAUGCAUUGAAAGUUCUUCAAAAUGAUGUUUUACUUAAGGAAGACGCACCUGGUGGAAUGGUUGAGUUCCGGAAAUCUCUGACCCUGAGCUUCUUCUUUAAAUUUUUUCUUUGGGUGUCUCAUCAAAUGAAGGAAGAAAAGCAUAUCAAAGAGUGUGUACCAUCAUCACAUCUAUCUGCUUUGCAGUCAGUCCACUGCCCACCAGUUGCUGGAUGUCAGGACUUUGAAAUCAUGAAGCAUGGGACUGCUGUUGGUUCUCCUGAGGUUCAUCUUUCAGCAAGAUUUCAGGUAACUGGUGAGGCUGAAUAUACUGAUGAUAUAAAAAUGCCUUCUAAUGGUCUGCAUGCAGCCCUAGUGUUGAGUAUAAAACCCCAUGCUCGAAUACUUUCAAUUGAUGUUUCAGGGGCUGAGUCUUCACCAGGAUUUGUUGGUAUUUAUCUUGCGAAAGAUGUACCAGGUGUUAAUAAUAUUGGGCCAGUUGUUGCUGAUGAGGAGCUUUUUGCUGAAAAAUAUGUCACUUGUGUGGGUCAGGUUAUAGGAGUAGUUGUUGCUGAUACUCAUGAAAAUGCAAAGCUAGCAGGAGGAAAAGUUCAUGUUGAGUAUAUGGAGCUCCCAGCCAUCUUGUCAAUACAAGACGCAAUUAAUGCUAAAAGUUUUCAUCCUAAUACCGAGAGAUGUUUGAGAAAAGGUGAUGUAGAACGGUUGUUUCAGUCUGGUCAGUGUGACAAGAUAAUUGAAGGGGAAGUUCAUAUAGGAGGUCAAGAACACUUUUAUUUGGAGCCAAAUAGCACCGUUAUAUGGACAGUGGAUGGUGGCAAUGAAGUUCAUAUGAUUUCAUCUACUCAAGCCCCUCAGAAGCACCAGAAAUAUGUUUCACAUGUUCUUGGUAUUCCUAUGUCAAAGGUUGUUUGCAAAACAAAGCGAAUUGGUGGUGGGUUUGGGGGAAAGGAGACAAGAUCGGCUUUUAUUGCUGCAGCAGCUGCAGUUCCAUCAUAUUUAUUAAAUCGUCCUGUGAAAAUCACGUUGGACCGAGAUAUAGACAUGAUGAUUACUGGGCAACGGCAUAGUUUUGUGGGGAAGUACAAGGUUGGAUUUACAAAUGAGGGGAAGGUACUAGCACUAGAUCUUGAAAUCUAUAACAAUGGUGGAAAUUCGUUGGAUCUGUCUCUUCCAGUUCUUGAACGGGCUAUGUUUCAUUCAGAUAAUGUGUAUGAAAUUCCAAAUAUGAGGAUAGUGGGAAGGGUUUGCUUCACUAAUUUCCCUAGUCACACUGCUUUCCGUGGAUUUGGUGGUCCUCAAGGCAUGCUUAUUGCCGAAAAUUGGAUCCAAAGAAUUGCUGUGGAAGUCAAGAAGAGCCCAGAAGUGAUAAGAGAAAUAAAUUUUCAAGGUGAGGGAUCCCUGUUGCAUUAUGGCCAGCAGCUUCAACACUGUACAUUAGUCCAGCUAUGGGAUGAACUUAAGUUAUCCUGUAACUUUGUGAAGGCGCGUGAAGAAAUUGAUCUAUUCAAUGGUCAUAAUCGGUGGAGAAAGCGUGGCAUUGCAAUUGUUCCAACCAAGUUUGGCAUAUCCUUUACCACAAAGUUUAUGAACCAGGCAGGCGCUCUGGUUCAUGUCUAUACUGAUGGAACUGUUUUAGUUACCCAUGGGGGAGUAGAAAUGGGGCAGGGCUUGCAUACAAAAGUUGCUCAGAUUGCUGCCUCAGCUUUCGGUAUCUCCCUUAGUUCUGUCUUUAUAUCAGAUACAAGUACUGAUAAGGUUCCUAAUGCUACACCAACGGCAGCUUCUGCAAGUUCUGACAUGUAUGGAGCAGCAGUUUUGGAUGCAUGCAAGAAAAUAAAGGCACGCAUGGCUAUUGCUUCUCAACAAACUUUUAAUUCUUUUGCUGAGCUGGCUAGUGCAUGCUAUGCAGAGCGAAUUGACCUCUCCGCCCAUGGAUUUUAUAUUACCCCUGAUAUUGGAUUUGAUUGGAAAACUGGUAAAGGAAAUCCAUUUAGGUACUUCACUUAUGGGGCUGCAUUUGCUGAGGUUGAAAUUGAUACCUUGACUGGAGAUUUUCAUACAAGAGAAGCAAAUGUAAUUUUGGAUCUAGGGUACUCUCUGAACCCUGCCAUAGAUGUUGGACAGAUUGAAGGAGCUUUUGUUCAAGGUGUGGGUUGGGUAGCCCUGGAAGAACUUAAAUGGGGAGAUGGAGCCCAUAAAUGGAUUUCCCCUGGGUGCCUUUACACAUGUGGGCCUGGAACAUAUAAACUUCCUUCAGUAAAUGAUGUUCCCUUGAAAUUUAAUGUCUCACUUCUCAAGGGUCAUCCAAAUGUCAAAGCCAUCCAUUCAUCUAAAGCUGUUGGUGAGCCUCCGUUUUUCCUAGCAUCUUGUGUAUUCUUCGCCAUCAAAGACGCCAUUAGAGCUGCAAGAGCAGAAAUGGGGUAUAAUGAUUGGUUUCCUCUUGAUAAUCCAGCAACACCUGAGAGGAUCCGAAUGGCUUGUUUGGAUGAAAUUACCUCUUUAAUUGUUAACUCCGAUUUUCAUCCCAAGCUCAGUGUCUGAUGUUCUUUUUUAUAUAUCAUAUGGACAUAUUGCUUCAUUUCUGAAACUUGUGUCAAAAAAACAUCCCUCACCAUCAGCAUGGAAUCCCAGACAUUUUUUGGGGGGUUUAUUUGUACUAAAGAAAGUUGCACAAAUUGGGUUUGCCCCGUUCCCACCCUCUAAUUCGCUUCCUAUGGAUUUUGUAGUUGUGUUCAUGGGGAAAUUGUCUUCUACGUACGGUUAAAUAGCAUGUGUAUAUGUAUCUUAGAUCAAUAAAGGGGCCAUGUUAAACUAACAUUGUCAUGUUUUGUUUAUUUGAAUUAUCAGUGACUAGUGUA